AAGUCAGUGUGUCAGUGUCGUCAGUGUCAUCAUAAUUCGUUUGACAGUAAACAUAGACAAAGUUUUGUUAUUGUUUAUUAUUGACAUUUUUAUUUAAUAAAUGUGACCACGAAAUAUAUAUUUAAUAAAAUAUAUUGUGAUAAGAAUAAAGUGAAUAUUUAAGAAAAAAAAAAAUUAAAAUGGAGCCAUCAUGGAAUUUUUCUGAAGAUAACGAAAAGACUGUACUUUUUCAUAAUCUUAAGGAUGAUGUUGUCAAAGAUAUUCUUGAAACAGGCACAGAUUUACGUCAAUAUUCAAAACAAAUUGAAACUGAACUUAAAAAAGUAGAAACUAAAUCAAUUCAAGAUCAUAUUAAAGAAAGUCAAAAUAUUGCCAGUUUACAUAAUCAAAUUGCAGCAUGUGAUAAUAUUUUAGAGAAUAUGGAAUUAAUGUUGGUUGGUUUUCAAAGUGACUUGGGAAGUAUCAGUACUGAAAUUUUAAAUCUUCAAAAAAGAUCUGUAUCAAUGAGUCAACAGCUGUCAAAUAGACAUGCAAUACAAGUACCAUUAAAUCAAUUUAUUGAUGAUAUGAGUGUCUCAGAAGCUUUAAUAAUGGGAAUUAUUGAAACUCCAGUAAUUGAAAAAGAUUUUAUGACAUAUUUAAUGACAUUAAAUUAUAAAAUAAAUUUUUUAAAAGAACAAAGUUUUAAAGAUGCAACAUCUUGUAUUGAUAUAAAAGAAAUAGUUGAAAAAUUAAAAAUAAAAUCAAUAAAUAAAAUACGUACAUAUUUACUUGAACAAAUAUUUAAAUUUCGUAAACCAAUGACAAAUUAUCAAGUACCACAAAAUAAUAUGUUAAAAUAUAAAUUUUUUUUUGAAUUUAUAUUGGGUAAUGAGAGAAAUGUUGCUGAAGAAAUAUGUAAUGAAUAUAUUAAUACAAUGAGUAAAAUAUAUUUAUCAUAUUUUAAAUCAUAUUCUACACGUUUAAUGAAGUUACAAUAUGAAGAAAGACCAUCAAAAGAUGAUUUAAUGGGAGUUGAAGAUAUGGGAGGUGGUCGUGGUUUGUUUCAUAAAACAUCAUUAAAAAAUAAAGGUACUGUAUUUUCAAUUGGUAAAAGAGGUGAUAUACUUAAUUCACAAUUACAAGAACCAAUAAUUGUACCACAUGCUGCAUCAAAAGUACGUUAUUAUUAUGAAGCAUUAUUUAGAAGUAAACAAUAUGCAUUAGUUGAUAAUGCAUGUAGAGAAUAUUUAUUUCUUUCUGAAUUUUAUAAAGUUAAUGGUACACAAGCAUUAGAUAUAUUUAAUCAAGUUAUGGGUUCAACAUUAAAUUUAAUGCAUAAAAAUGUACAAUUAUUUGUUGAUGAUUGUUAUGAUACAAUUGCAUUAUUUUUAUGUCUUCAUUUAGUUAUGAGAUAUCAAAUGAUAUGUCAUAAACGUGCUGUACCAGCACUUGAUAAAUAUUGGGAUAAUUUAACUGAAAUAAUAUGGCCACGUUUCUUACAUGUAUUUUCAAUGAAUAUACAAAGUGUUAAAGAAUGUGAUCCAAUUAAAUUUCAUAAAGAAACUGGACCACAUUAUAUUACAAGAAGAUAUGCUGAAUUUAGUGCAGCAAUGAUUGAAGUUAGUGAAGGUUUUCCAUGUGAAAGAGCAACAUUAUUACUUGCUGAAUUAAGAGAUGCUGUACAAUGUUUUUUAUUACGUAUGGCUGCUAUAUUUCCUUUGAGAACUCAACAAUUGGUUUUUUUAAUUAAUAAUUAUGAUCUUGUUCUUGGAGUUUUAAUGGAAAGAACAAAAGAUAAUUCAAAAGAAGCUGAAAGUUUUCGUGAACAAUUAAAUGCUAGAUCAUCUGAAUAUGUUGAAGAAAUAUUAUCACCUUAUUUUGGUGGAAUAAUACAAUUAGUUAAAGAAUCAGAAAAUUUAGAAAAAAAAUUAACUGAUGAUACGAAAAAAAAUGAAGUUAAAGCUAUGGAUCUUGUGCAAUCAUUUACAAAUAAUUGGAGACGUUAUUUAGAUGCAAUUAAUAAUGAAAUUUUAGGAUCAUUUCCAAAUUUAGUAUUAGGUGCAACUCUAGUCCAAAGAGCUAUGACACAUUUUGUACAAUAUUAUCAUAGAUUACAUAAAAUUUUACCUGCAAAUGCUAGAAUGCAACUUACAAAUAUUCAUCAUAUUAUGAUUGAAAUUAAAAAAUAUAAAACAAAUUAUUAAAAAAUUAUGUAUAGUAUUUAAAUUUUUUAUUAAAAUAAAAAUUAGUUAAUUGAAAGUAAAUAUUUCAAUCACUAAAAUGUUAAUUAAAGCUUAAUAUAAUCACAAUAAUGAUGAAUAUUAAAAAUAUAAAUGAUUAUAAUAUUUUUAAUUUUUAAAUUUUAUUUAUUUGUAAUGUUUUUUGAUGAUAUGUUUGAAUAAAAAAAAUUAAUGUUAAUCUAAUAUUAUUUAAACUUGAGCUUGGUGGUAAUUCCAUAUACCCAUUACUUCAAUUGAAUUUCAAAAACAUAAAAUUGAAGGUGGAGUAAUUUCUUCGACAUAAUAUUAAUGGUAGAGUAAUUUCUCCGACGCUGUGUUUGUGUCGGAGAAAUGUCUCUGACAAUGGGUCAAAAACGGAGAAACCUCGAAAAAACAACGGAGAAAUAUUUCCACCAGGAUAAUUGUAGUUGAAUAAUAUUAAUUUACUUAUAGUUAAUAUUAAAUAAUAUUAAUUAAAUUGAAUAAAUUAAAGUAAAAAUAUACAAGUGCGAAAGAAUAAAUAAAAAAAUUAUCACAAAUAGAAAAUUUGCAAAUAGAAAAUUUGAAAAUAGAAAAUGUCAUGAUGAGUGUAAUGUUUAGCUAAUGGUUUUGGUGAUAAUUCAUUCGUACUAAAUAUAAGAUGACAAGCUAUACCUAAUUAAUCGCAUAUGAGAAUGAUUGAAUUGACAAUUAAGUUAAAUUAUUACAUUAUUAGGUCCAAGACGAUUCGUAUGAGAGUAGCCAGUUCGUUAACGAGUACCCUCCUAGAAUCUACGUCAAUAUUCGUUCACGAACUGGCUACUCUCACACGAAUCGAUUGAUACGAUUCUAAAAUACCCCACUGAGUUGAAGAGUAAUUCUUAGAGUAAGUAAGCCGAUUACGCUUCAACUCAGACUCCCUAAGCUGCCUAAAUUUUACAAAGAAAAAUAUUCAUUUUCAUCCCUUUCAAUAUUGACCAUAUAGAUAUUGCCAUAUAUAUACAUGAACAGUCAAACUAUUUUUUUACUAUGAGUUUCAAGUGUAUCAUCAUCAUCUUUUAAACUUUGUGAUACUGUACUUGCAAACUAAAAAUAACUCAUUGAAUUAGAUAUUUUUAAAUUGUAUAAUAUUUGAUUAAUAAAUUAAGUAUUGCUAUAUAAAAAAUAACAAAAAAUACAUGAGUCAAUCGAUUCAAAAAAUGCGCGCCUCAGUCGGCCAUGCUCUUCCCAAGUACGAUGACCUUUUAUAUAUCUCUCUACUCACAGACCACAGACCUUGACACUUGAAUCACCAGCAUUUUAUGAUGUUUAUGAUGUUAAUAUAC